ACGGCGUCUUCAACCUUUAGCUCGUAAAUAGCUUCCGGCCGAGCCACUGAAGUUAUUGCAACGUGGGGAGAGCCUCGUGCGUCCGGGUUUAUACGGACCUCCAUCCCCAAGCCCCCUCCACCACCCGGCCGCUCCUUCCUCCGGAUCGCUCGCCAUGUUAAACGCCCUGGUUACGUCCAUGUUCGCCACGGGUACGGUGGACGAAUAUUUCCAGUACCUGCAGUCGAUGGACGAGGAUGGCAGCUCAGGCCCGGGUUUGGUCACCGAGGUCAUAAACCUCUUCAUCGGCAACGCCAACGGGAUCCUCAACGACAUCGCCGGCCUGCUGAACGAGCCCGUGCCAGACUUCGACAAGGUGGACGACCUGGUGCAUCGGCUCAAGGGCUGCAGCUACAGUGUCGGUGCGAAGAAAGUGAACCUCUCCUGCAUGCACUUCAACCAGUACAUCGAGGCAAGAAGCAAAGAAGGGUGCCUCAUGGCACUGGCUCUUCUUAGGAAUGAGUUUUGCGAUGUGUCCAACAAGUUCCAGACAAUGAUGCAGCUGGAGCAACAGAUCGCGGCCUAUGGUCCUAAUUAGUAGCAGUCAAAGCAAAAAAAAAAAAACAGAGCCCCAAUGUGAUCCCUCCCAUGAUGGGGUGUAUCUAUCUCUGAAGAUGCAAACAUGUGUCUGGCUUUGAGGCGGUUAUCAAAUAAUAUGAGGAAUCUUGCGUAGGAACUAUAGUCUUCCAACUUUUCGAAAAGUUCGUUGUCAUGUGUCUAUGUCUCUGUCAAGUCUAUACCAGGUUGAGCCUGUUGGGCUUUCCCGCCUCAUGCAAUUUGUAAACUCUUUACCUGGUUGGUUGGUUAAUGGUGUCUUCGGUUUGUCA